UCUAUCCAGGCUCGUUGCUAUACUUCCUCCCAGGAAACGCCUGCCUGCGUGCCUGCCUCCCUCUGACCGUAGUACAUAUUAUACUCGAGCACAUUUGGCGCUAUCAUCCCGGAGCAUUAAACUCGAAACGAGACUCGAAGCUUUUUCACUCGACCUACAAAGGUCAACAUACGCCAAGCUUAACUGUAAAGACUUCUUCCUCUCUCUCUCUCUCUUUCCCUUUCGACAUCGAGCAUCUCCCCGCGCAUCUAGACCAGAAUUUCUCACAGACAAUUAGCCCGACGCGAAGACAAAGAGGGCUGAGAGUUACAGUUUUGAGUAGUCCAUAUAUAAUGGAGAGUGAGCAUCGUCCCUGGAGACACGGAAGAGUGCCGCAAUGUCGGCGUUGAGUGGCGGGCUUUGCCGGCCCGGGAUCAUUCUCGUACUCGCGGUCCUUCUCUCGAGAUCACCAUUCACGCUUUCCGCACCGGUAUACGAUCAAGAUACAACGCAAGUGGGAGAAUACGAGGGCGGUGGAGUGGCGAACGGUGGCUGUUACUAUAACUUCCAACACUAUCGCGAGGGUGAUCGAAUAAUAACGAACGAGCCAUGUCUCAAUUGCACUUGCCACAAUCGAAUGCUCAUGUGCUACCUCAGAGUGUGCCCGUUCACUAAAGCGAUCGGACAAAAUUGCAAAGUCGAGAAACGACCCGAUCAGUGCUGCUCGGUUAUAACGUGUCCCCAAGUUCCCGUUCAUCUGCUCACUUCGACAACGAACGCACCGGAAUCGUCCUCGACGGAUCUCGGCUUUCCGGACAAUUACGGCUGCAGCGUUGACGACAAGUUCUACGCCGACGGCGCUCAGCUUCCGAUCGAUUCACAAAACCCCUGCGAACUGUGCUACUGCAUCAGAAACAGAACAACGUGUGUCAUGCAAGAAUGUACUCUCCGAGUGUCAGGCUGCAACCCGGUUUACUUGCCGGGCGUGUGUUGUCCGGUCAAAUACAAUUGCGAUUACGACGAAGAGCCUGGCACGACGAUCGGGACGACACCCGGACUCAUAAUGACGACGACGGUGGCUCCUCGUGUCGGGGAAGAACGCCAAUGCUCGCACGAAGGCAGAGUGUACGAGGACGGUGAUUUGAUUUAUUCGACCGAACCGUGCCAGCACUGCUACUGUUUCCACGGCGAUAUCGCUUGUGCAGUCCAAGAUUGCGGAACUCCGAUGCAAAGUCAUGGUAAAAAUUGUACUGCUUUGCCUCCCGCAGAUGGCGAGUGCUGUCCUAGCACGUACGAGUGUGAAGAUGAAACGGGAACGAUAGAUGAGCAACAAAUGUUCGAGACGCCGGAGCAGCCUGAAGCCACGACGAAAUAUUCCACCGAUGAGAACGAUGUGAUUCAAGCCACGCAAACUAGUUUGCCGGGCAAAGAACCUGAAUCUUUCCCCGGAGCGGACAACGUGAUCCCGGAAGUACACGAGCCGCAUCCAGUCAGUGGCGAAGAAGAAGCACCGUCACAACAAACAACCGAAGGAGCUACAACUCUUCAGGAAGCUCAAUCCCCGUCGUCGCUUCCGGAAGUUCCGUCCGACGAAACGCAAUCGUCCGUAUCGCUGGAUGAGUCAGGAAUUCAAGAAACUCCGGAACUUCCUGGAACAACGGAAAAUGUCGAAGAUCAAGGAUUGGAACACUCGACUGCGGUAUCUGAAGAAGAGAAGCAAGUUACCGAGGCUGUAACUUUCAGUGGGGAAACUUCAAGUGCUGCUCCAUCGACGAACGAAAAUGCGAUCGAGGGAGGCGCGAGCGCACCUGCGGGAGGGGAAAACGAAGUUACGAAAGAAGAAUCCACGAGUGCGGCACCAAGCGCAGAACUUGGUCCGACCGAGUCCGUUCAAAUGACCGAAAGCGUGCCAGCUCAAGAGGACACUCUUGCUCCUCAAGAACCUCCUCAAGUAUCAUCGGAACAACCUUCCGAGACAGCUGAGCCAGAAGUUGAGGGAACGACACCAGCGCGAGAGGAAAAAACGCCUGAAAGUUCACCGGAGAAACCACCCUCGAGCGAAAGUCCUGAGUUACCAGCGUCAGCAGGCGAGGAAGAAACGAAGCAAACGGAGGAGCCUUUGAUCGGUUCUACGGAAAUUUCAGCUUCGAUGUCUCCGGAAACUUCCGAAAUCACGGAAUCUACUGUUGAACAAUCGACUGGCGAAGAACCCGAGAGAACUGCAACACCUUCGGCUACCGAGCUUCCAGCUUCGUCGCCCAGUCAGACCGAAUCCAUUCCUGAAGGUCCUACGAGCGAGCAGUCUCCGGAAGAACAAUCACCUGAAACCACCAGCGAAUAUCCAAAAGAAACUGAAGAGGGUGGGGACAAACAAAUGACGGAAAAACCGACAAUCGAAGAAGAACUUCCAGCUGGCACGACUCAACCGGAUCGUGCACAUGAAACCAAAGCCGAAGAUGAGCAGUCUGUAACGGAACCGGAAAUUGGUCCGACCGGAAGUUACGACGAGAAGACGCCGGUUACCGAAUCAAGCCACGCGACACCAACGACUCAUCAUCCACUUGACACCGAAGGUACGGAAGCGCCCAUUGAACCCCAUCAAAUGCCCGGAGAAAAACCUGAAGAAGGUGAGAAACCUGAAGAGCAUCCGACGCCCAGUGGUGAAAGCUCGCAGGAAGAAGUGACCUCAGGAAUUGAUAUAACCGACCGUGUCAAAGAGUCUGAGGUGCCGGUAACUGUUUCAGUUACUGUCGAUACUUCGACACCGACCGAAGCUGACGGAGGAGAAACAAGCGCGACAGCGGUGACACCUGGUGAAGGAGCGACGCAGGAGCCUUCUGAGGGGCUCACAGGACCCGGUUCAACACAGGGUAGUCAAGAAACAACGUUAGCCGGCGUCUCCGAUGAAGAGCCACUCGAGGAAUCAACGACUGCAGCAGCGCAACCAGGGGAAACGGAAGAAGAAGUUCCGAUGAAAGGAUUGACGAUUGAAUCGUCCAGCGAAGAAACCAGUUCUUCGGAAGAAUCAUCUUCGAAAUUGCCAUCAACCGAAGAAUCCAUCUCCCACCAUUACAGUGAGGAAACUUCGUCCGAAGAGAUCGGAGAUUCAGAGAGCAAAGUAACGGAGUUGCCAGCCAAAGAAACCACUCAAACAUCCGAAAUGGGAGAGAUUCCAACCGGUGAAUCCGUGAGCGUUUCGCCGACCGAAGCACCUGAAGAAUCCUCUACAGAAGUCCCAAGUGGCGCUUCAACCACUGAUGAAGUUGCACCUGAAAAAGAAGAGGAACCAGAGAAAUCUACGGAAAGCACCGGCAGCACGACUGCGAUCGAACAAGAAACUGUUCAAGCCCAGUCCGACGAAAAAGCAACAACCAUCGAGGCGACGUCGAGCGAAUCGCCUGUUACUAGUGCCCAGGAGGAGGAAUCUUCGACUACGAUACAAACGGAUAAAUUGUCAGAGAGCACGGCUACUUCCCAAGAAGAAAAAACUACGGAGACACCUGAAGCGAGCAAGGAAACUUCAACUCUCGCACAUGAUCAAACUGAAGAGACUUCGAUUCAUCGCGUAGACGAUGAAAAAACUGGAUCGACCAGCAUUCCGACAGAGAACUGGGUCACCGAUGAAAAAACUACAGUGCCGGUCGACGAAGUGAGCCCCCACGACGAAUCUACACCAGAGGAUCAGGGAGUGUCUACCGAGGAAGCGGUCACGAGAGAACCUGAGGUAACCGAGAAACAGGAAGAAAGUGAAACCCCCGUGAAAUCGGAGCCUGCGGAAUCUGGUUCGUCUGCAGGUCCAACUGCUACUGAGGCUGUGACCGUUCCUGAAAUUGAAAAAGUCAGUACGGACGCUCCGAUCGCAAGUACAGAACAAGUUCCUGAAUCUCCUGAAAAGGGCGAAAUCCCUGAUACCGAGCCGAGUACUGAAUCCAGCGACAAAGAAGUAUCUCCGACUGAACAGCCGGCUGGUCCGACUCCGGUUGCGCAAGAUGAUCAAGUGACGACGGAAAUCGAAACUAAGCUCGGAGAAGAGGCUCAGCGACCAACAACCGUUGGCGAGCAAGAGAAGCCCGCAGGUGAAAGUGAAAAAACAACAAUUGCGGAGGAAGCGGGCACCACGGCACUCGUAACGGAAGAACACACAACUACGAUGGCGCCGGAGAAGGAUGACAGUACGACCGGACCUUUGAGCGGAGAAACCCAUGAAACACCAAUCGAAGCUGAUGAGUCGUCCAGUACUUUAAGCCCUGAGUUCUCGACUGUUCAAGUUCCGGUCGGUUCUAGCGAACCUUCCAGUCAAUCAUCCCUAUCAACGGACCGCGUUACAGAGACCGAAAUUACGACGCUCUCGAGCAGCCAGCCUGAAUCUACAGCUGUUAGUUCAGAAACAGAAAAAGUUACAUCUGCAAACGAGCUUACGGAAUCGACAGAAGGUCCAGAAAAGGUUACAGUGGCGAGUGAAGCUCCAGCUUCCACCGAACUGGUUACGGAUGUUGAAAAGAGCACAGAAGCGAGCAUAGUUCCAGAAACGACCGACCUUGUGAAGGAAACUGAAGAGCCUAUGGAAGCGACGGGAGCUCCUGAAACAACGGACAUCGUUAAAGAAACUGAAAAGCCUGAGAAAGCUAACGAAGUUCCACAGACCACGGACAUGCUCGUAGAACCCGAAAAGCCUACCAAGGCUCCCGAAAUAACGGACAUGGUUAAGGAGUCUGAGGAACCUACCGGCGCACAGCCACAAACGACGGAUCGAGUUAAAGAAUCCACAGAAGCUAGCAGUCUGGUUCCUGAAACAACCGAGAGCGUUGGAGAGUCCGAACACCCGAGCAGUGAAGUUCCAGCAACGACGGAUACUGUCAACGAGUCUGAAGAACCUAGCAGUGAAAAACCAGAAACUACGGAUAGCGUCCAGGAAACCGAAAGACCUAGCAGUGUCGUUCCAGAAACUACGGUCGGUGUCAAGGAGGCUCAAGAACCCAGUAGUUCCGUUCCAGAAACUACGGACAGUAUAAAAGAGACUGAAGGACCUAGCAGUGCCGUUCCGGAAACUACGGACAGUGUAAAGGAGUCUGAAGAACCUAGCAGUGAAAAACCAGAAACCACGGAUAGCGUCCAGGAAACCGAAAGACCUAGCAGUGUCGUUCCAGAAACUACGGUCGGUAUCCAGGAGGCUCAAGAACCCAGUAGUCCAGUUCCAGAAACUACGGACAGUAUAAAAGAGACUGAAGAACCCAGUAGUGCCGUUCCGGAAACUACGGACAGUGUAAAGGAAACUGAAGAGCCCAGUAGUGCCGUUCCAGAAACUACGGACAGUGUAAGGGAAACUGAAGAGCCCGGUAGUGCCGUUCCAGAAACUACGGAUAGUGUAAAAGAAACUGAAGGACCUAGCAGUGCCGUUCCGGAAACUACGGACAGUGUAAAGGAGUCUGAAGAGCCCGGUAGUGCCGUUCCAGAAACUACGGAUAGUGUAAAGGAGUCUGAAGAGCCCAGUAGUGCCGUUCCAGAAACUACGGAUAGUGUGAAGGAAACUGAAGGACCAGCCAGUUUGACUCCAGAAACUACGGAGAGUGUCAAGGAGGCCGAAGGACCUAGUAGUGCCAUUCCAGAAACUACAGUGGCUUUCGCGGAAACCGAAGAACCUAUCAGUGAAAAAGUACCAGCGCCAACGGAGGAAGGUAAAGAAAGUGAAGAACCUGCGGAAGUUAGUGAAUCACCUAGUACAACAGGACAAGAAUCUGAUAUCACCACGAAAGGACCAGGAGCUGAGGGUGGAGAAAUCCCAGAAACGUCAGCAAUUCCCGAAGGAAUUGUGACUUCUGCUGCACCAGGUGAACCGGAAGAGACAGGAGUGUCUACCGCAGUGCCGAUGGCCGAAGGUACCGAAAUUCCAGCUGAGGCAAUCACAACGGAAGCUUCUGCGGGACAACCAGCGUCCGAACCUUCUCUAACUACCGAAGAACAAGAGCCAGCGGUAACAGUGAAGGAACCAGCGGAAGGAAGCACUGAGGGAAAGACGGAGAUUCCGAUUGAAGAAUCAACUGAGCUAACAACGGGACCAGCCAUUACUGUGGAAGAGCAAUCCCCGACGAAACCGCAGACGGAAUCAAGCACGCCUGAAGUCACUGGCACGACACCUACCGAGGAGGCCAAGGAACCUGAAGCGACCGAAUCACCAGCCGAGGUUCCUUCUGUUCAUACCACUGAAGAGCCUGUCGAAGACGAAAGCCCAAGCAUAACACCUUCGACCGAGAGAUCCACUGAACUAUUCACCCAGUCUACCGAAAGUGCUGAAGAAUCAACUGGCGAGCAGCAAUUCACGGAAGCAUCAGAGGCGCCGGGAGAACCUACUCUUUAUGAACCAUCGACCGAAGCUAGUCCAAUUCCUGAAGCAGGAAAAACUGAGGCAACCACAUCCCUGGAUGAGGAAGCGACCCAAAAACCGUUUGAAGUUUAUGGCCCACCUGCUGGAAUUCCUGGUGAGGGCAAUUGUCUCGUCGACGGAGAAUCUUACGUUAAUAACUCGGUCGUGCCACCCUCGAAUCCUUGUCAAGUGGCUUGUCGAUGUGCCAGCAGUAUUGUUGAAUGUGAACUCGUUAAGUGCGCUCCACCACCUGAAAAUCUCUCGAACUGCAUGCCUUUGUACAACACUGGUUCCAGUUAUGCUUGUUGCCCCAUGUAUUCAUGUGACUCGAUGCCAGCGGUCGAUGAGCUCCAAGUUGUUAAUCAAAUGAAACCUAAAGAUGAAGAACAUUCGACUCCGGUGCCCAGCGAAGUUUCCACCUCGGAGAGUGCUGAAUCAGAGCCAACAGCUAGCGCUGAAAACACCAGUACAAUCCCAGAAGAUUCUGGCACCACAAUAAGCCACACCGAAACAUCAACUUCAGAAAGUGACGAAUUACCUUCCACCUCGAGUGUGUCUACAGAACAAACUGCAGCAAGCGGUUCAACGGUGGAAGAAGGUGGUGCAUCAACGGAAGAAACAGCUUUGCCAACUGCCGCGUCAACUGAACCAGCUUCUCACGAAGAUGAAGGACCAAUGAAGGUCGACGGUGGUCAAAAAGAAGAGCCAAGCACUGCCAGCGACGCCACUCCGACCGAAACCUCUUCAUUAUCUGAGGAAUCUUCUCCCACGAGUUCACCAGCUAUCGUAAGCGAAGGCUCUACCCAAGAGCCCGGUGAAGUAACCGAGAGUUCUGUAAUAUCCGAGCAACCAACAGAAAGCAGCGAUGAGCCAUUGAAAAAUGAUCAGCAACCGAUCACGGUGCCAGCCGCUGGUCCAACGGGUUCGACUGCCGAAGAAGAAAAAACACCUGCUACAGUAAGCGAAGAGGUCACCGGAGCCGAGGUAACGGAGACCCCAAGUGAAAGUUCGACCGAAAUCGCCUCGUCAUCGUCGCAACCCGGAAGUGAUUUAGAAGAGACGGCUCUUCCCGAUCACUCUCAAACUACUGAAAAGGUAGAUGGAGAAACUUCUCCUAUCGCUACGGAAGUAUCGACCGUUGAGGAGCGGGAAACAACAGUUACGCCGAUCGGCCAUGAAAUCGAACAAACCACUCACGCUGAAGAAGGAACAGUUUCACCGGUAACUGAAACUUCGACUGAUAUUCAGAAGGAACAAUCUACGAUUGGCAGUACCGAAGUUGAAAUGACUUCUGUUCCAAGUGAGGAAACUUCUCCGCCCAUGGUAACGUCGGUGGAAGAAGGAGAAACAUCAGGACUUCCUUCCUCUUCUAUUCCAUCCGAUACCGAGAGUCAACAAACCGAGAAACCCCUUUCGCCAUCGACCCCUGAACUGGAAACAACGCCAGAAUCGCUUGGAACCCAACCGACCGAACAAGAAUCACCGGCCUCAUCCGAAGGAGUACCAACGUCCACGGAGUCUCUGUUGGAAACUUCAGAACCCUCGUCAACCGAGAUCGGAGGAAGCACUCUCGCUGGAGAAGAAAAACACGAUGAGGUCGUGACACCCAGCACCGAAUCAGCGGACAAAGAUUCGACGACGAGUCCUCUCGAUGAGCAUGUUACCAACGUCGAAGAACAAGGCCCUGUUAGUGCCGAGGUACCACUCGAAGAAACCACCAUCGCGCUCGAGACUAGCUCUCCCAAAGAAGAGUCUGAAAUGAGUACGAUUGCAAGUGAAAUUCCAGUAGAAACGAGUUCGCCCGAGGCCCCAUCUUCGCCAGCAGUUGAAGAUCACCAAGUUUCUACGAGCGAAGCAACCAAAGAAGAGGCUGAAACAAGUACAGCCGGAGGCGAAAGUCCAACAGAAACGAGUUCGACCGAAGUUCCAUCUUCCCCAUCGAUCGAAGAUCAUCAAGUUUCUACUAGCGAAGCAACCAAAGAAGAGACGGAAACGACCACGAUCCGAGAUGAGAGCCCAACAGCAACGAGUUCGGCCGAGUCUCCGUCAUCGCCAUCGAUGGACGAUCGAAUUUCGGUAAGCGAAGCAACCACGUUACACGAGCCGAUAGAAACGACGACGACCGCGCAGCCAACAGAAACAUCCGAAGAGGCUUCGUCCGUGUCGACACCGAUCAGUGAUUCAACUACGAUUGGAGUUUCGCCCGAAGCGUCACAGCCAUCCGAGCCCAGUGAUCAUCCUGUGGAAGUGCCCACCACAGUCGAGUCGGCCGAAGGCCAAACCGAACCUGGCGCUCUUUCCGAAAGUGAACCACCAGUCAAAUCGGAAUCUGGGCAGGCUGAGCCCACAGAAAUUUCUCAUCCCGAGGAGCCCGUUACCGAAGCAGAAUCUGUGACUAGCGUAUCGCCCAGUGAAGUGGAACACCAGACCGAGGCAGAAGCUGCAACCAGUGUAGCACCCAGUGAUGCAGAACACCAGACCGAAGCAGAGGUUGGAACGUCUGAUAGCAGCGAGCCACCCGAAGGAACUCCGGCACUUCCAGAAGAAGAAUCGACUCCUGUCUCCUCGAGUCCAGGAGCUGAAGUCGCUGAGACGGAAGAGCCACAGACAACCGCAGCACCGAUCUCAGAGUCUUCUACCCCUGCAGGUGAAGAACAAGCUACGGAAGCUGUGGUCGUUCCAACCGAGCCAACUUCAGACGCGGUACCGAGUGAGGCUGCUCCGGAAGUCAGUACCGGGGAAGAUGCCACGACCCAAGAAUCCACGACUCAACAAACAAGCAGUCACAUUCCUGUAGAAGAAACGGAAGCAACAUCGCCACAGAGCGUGCCGCCGGCGGAGGAAACCAAGACUACGGAGCAGCCGAUUCUGCCAACCGAAGAAAAAGGGCAGCAGGAACCAGAACCGGUUGAUAAAGGAGAGGGUGCGGACACGAGUGGUCCAGUUAUCGAACCUACUGCAUCGACCGAGCCUGCCGAAGAUGUGCAGCAUCCACAGCCAGCCGGAGUCUCGGAAGCUCCGGUCGUGCCCGAACAGCACGAAGAAACGGAGGUUCAACAUCAUCUGCCACCGGGAGAAGAGACCCCAGCGAACGACACGACCAGCGGAGCAGGCCACCAGGGCGAUCUCGAAUAUCCUGAGAUCCCACCGGAGACGGAAGAAAACAGCAACUUCCCAGUGGACGGAGGAACCUACAUGAACCCUGACGAAGAUUAUGGCGAGGAUGAUCAAACGGUUUACGGGCCGGGAACCUGCCGUUACGGCGGCAAAGUUUACGUUUCAGCUCAACAGAUUCCCAGAGACGAUCCUUGCGACUUCUGCUUCUGCUUCAGGAGCGAUAUCAUUUGCCUUCAACAGAGCUGUCCACCCCCAAUACCGGGAUGCCACGAGGAACCGAUCCGAGGAUUCUGUUGUCCGAGAUACGAAUGUCACGUCUCGAUGGCAACCUCCCUUAACAUCACUACCACGACGACCACCACUACCACCACUUUGCCACCUCAUUUCCUCUCGCACGCUUACAAAGGCGCUACGAGACAAAGUGGCUGCCAGAUCAGAGGACAAGCCUACAGCGUGGGACAAACCAUCAAGUCAGCUUCGGGUCCCUGUCUCCACUGCUCAUGCGGAGGAGACGGUAACAUGAAAUGCGAUCCAAGGGUAUGCAGUCCCGAGCCUACGCUGAGGCAAAUGAUAGCUGCAGCGACCGCAAGAAAGAGAAGAUGAGCAGCGAGUAGUCCGCUCGAGAAGUUGCACAAAAUAUUGGACGUCAGGGAACGAGAAAGAUCGGGCCGAGUGACGGAGGGGAUAGAAGAACCUGCGGUGUUGUAUAAAAGUGAAUUAAAUUCUAAAUACUAAUACUAAAUGUAGCGUCGCCGGAAAACACGGACAAUAGUGUGUACUCGACGAUUUUGAACUGAGUGGCCAAAACGUAAACGUUUGUACUAUUAAUUAAUUAUUAUACUAUAAAUAUGUUACGGGAAAACGAUACGACCGCCGGGACGAGUAAAAGAGUGCAGUGCAAAAAAAAAGAGAGAGGGAUAUGAUUGAAAAGAAAGAAUGGCAAAGCUUGUGGCUGGUCAUAUAAGAUCGAGAGCGAAAGAGGAUUAAAUACGCAGGCGAAAAAAAAGAGUGCGAAGCAGAAAAAAGAUAACUGUAUAACUAAGUAACGCAACAAUAACUACGAGACUUAUGACUGUGCCUUGGUCAAGUGCCCGUGCCAGUGGCACUGGCUUUUGUUACUCAAGAAUCGCCCAGCAACAGUUCAAUGGCGUAUCAACUUUGCCAUGCAGGGUCUUUGGGAGCAUUCGAUCAAUCGAGGAUCGGUUGCUUCCUCGAAUUAAUAAAUUGUAUAGGAGAUGAUUGAGAAUUCAGGCAAUAGUCCCUCCCCUGCACCCCGUAAUUUCCCGCCAAAUACGUGGAGAAACGGAUGUAUCGGAAUUCCAAUAACGACCGGUUGAACACACGAAUGUACUUAUUUCCAAAAAAAAAAAAAAAAAAUAAACUUCCAACGACCUGGUUUCGUUUUUCACCGUCGUUACUAUCUGCCACAUUCGUACGUUUUGCAUCGAAUUCGUUUCUCGAUAAGGGAUAUAAGCGGGAAAAAUCGAGUCUAUACCCCAUACAAACGUCGGAUAAUGAUUGGUAUACUAAGUAGAAUUAGGAGUUAAUAGUUAGACGAGACCACGACCUGUUGCGCUUGAACGAUCAGUCUCGAAACGAAAGAAACUAAAAAACAUUCAUGAAUGAAAAAAUAAAAGAAUUCUGUCCACCUACUCGCGUGCCAAGAUAUCGAAAUGUUUGGCACCCGGGUAGUUGGAAGGAAUGAGAUCGUUUUCAGUGACCGUCACGCGUCGUGGCCUCGAAACGCGAACGAAUAAAAUGUUAACAAGGAAUUUAAAAAAAGUGCAUAAAAACUCAAAGAGCGAAAGAAGAAAGAGUGCGGCGAGAGAAAGCGAAAGAAAGGAGAGAAUAACAAUAGGAUCGCGUUUGAUAAAUAAUAAGUACGCCAGCGCGUUAAGACACUAUGAGAAAGUCCUCAAUCGUCGUUACUUUUUCACGAAUUAAUAAUUAUGUCGGCUAAAAGUAAUAAUUAUGUCGGCUGAGGAUUUUCACAGGUUUUUUUAAGGGACAAAACGCGCCUAGACGCGACUCAAAGCUCAAAUAGCGGCUCGCACGGAGGACCGACGACAAAUUUGCUUCUCCGGCGAGCUGGCGUCAUCAUAGUAUAUAUAUAUAUAAAUAUAUAUAUGUAGUAUUAUUGUAUGCCUAUAUAUAUAUACAUUAUAUAUAUAUAAAUAAACAUUUAUACGAUUCUUUAUACAUUGUAAUCUCCACGAUGUGCGGUAAAUGUAAAAACGGAGGCAGCAUGUCGGCGUUAAAUAUCGAGACAUUUUGUACCAUCCAAAAUGGAUCCAAAAUGCCGAAUAGCUUAGUAUUCCUGUCAUGCUGUCCCCGCUGUUACGCCCUCGUCUGACAGUGGAAUGAAAUUCUUCGAUUAAUCGAAAAUUCGCCGCAAUAAAAUUGUCAGAAAACGAAAA